CACCUCCUGAGUCCAUCAACACCUCGCAGGCCCAUCCGUGGUACUUCGGGCUUGCAAUCGGGCUAUCAUUGCCCUCCGGAGCCGAUUGACUACUGAGCAACGAACAUUGGGGGACGGACCUUGGACUGCCGGAUAUCUGCACUUCAGGAGCCCUGCUCGUGACCAACUUCAUUCACAGGCAUUGAAUCAUUCGGUGCACUCAAUUAACCUCAACCUUUGAAACGAGAUUCUGCCAAACAUGACUACAGGCGCUAUCCAAUGGGGCUUCGCGGAUGAAGGAGAAGAAGUCCCGGAGUGUUAUCAGACACGGGCGACACCCUCGGAGGAUGAUGUUCCGGUAUAUGGCUUGCUGUCCAGGACUCUCAUACAUUCACCGGUCGUCAAGAAGAUACUACCUGCAAGAAUCCGGAGGCAAGACCUCAACGACGUUGUUUUCAUUGGGGAAACUUACAUUGAACUCCAUCUCCUCACACCGCUCGGGAAAUUGCAGAAAGUAGGAUCCAAAACCGACAUCGGAGCGGAAAUCCGCGAUGCUUGUGUGUUUGGCGCCAAGCGGCCAAUCCAGUUCUCCCCCGGCUCUCCGGAAACGGGCCUGAGCGAGGGUCGUGGGGAUUCGGACGAGGACAUAAAAUCUCGCCUCCCGGCCGAAAUUCUGGCCAUGACUACCGACGCAGGAUAUCUGCAGUUCGUGUACGCGAGGGACUGUGACGAGCAGGGACAGGUGGACUUCGUGGUCUCGAGGAGGCGCAUCGAUAACAGAGGAGUGCAUCCCUCGCAUCUCGGCAAGUGCAUAGCGGUUGACCCUCAAUCCCGAGCGAUGGCGGUUGCGGCAUACCAAGACUAUUUCCGUGUAUAUUCUCUUCAUCCGAUGGAAGAACUGCAGCGGCAGAUUGCGGAAGGCCUACCGUUGAACCCCAUUAAAGAAGAGAGAACCUUCGCAGUUCAUGGUUGCUUUGUAGUGCAUAUGGAAUUUCUCUACACGUCGGAUAUUGAGCACGUAAUCAUAAUACUUUUCCUCAUAGAGUCAGUCCGCCGUUCCAGCUUUCCAUCUAAAUCGCAAAUCAUUUUUUUUGAUGUGUCCGGAUUGUUGAUCGAAAUUCAUUGAAAUAGUGCAGAAUCGAAGUCUCGGUUGCGAUUGUACGAAUGGGAUACAAACAAGCCAUUGUGGACGGCGGACAAGCCGGGCGAGCAGGGCCUUCGUGUGUCAGAUGACAUUUCAAUACCUCUGCACGUAA